AUGGUGAGUCAUGCAAGAGUUGCGAGGCAUCACCGAGCUCUGAACCUCUCGCGAUUCGUGGAGACUUGAUACUCAAGACUCGAUUGCAUGGUCGGCAAUCCCACGGGAUGCAUGCAGGUGUCACAGACCGGAUGGCAAAUCUCGUACUGAAAAGAUAUUUAUACAUAGGUCCACACUUCAUGGCAGGCCCACAGCCAACUUUUAUCUCCCACUGGCCCGACCUUCUUCUUCAACCUCGAACAGCGCGAUCAUACACGCCCUAUCUCUAUCCAAGCUGGUUGUGCUCAUUUGCAGGCUGAAUUGCCGACCUUCGGGUUGAACAGACACGCUGCUGUAUUCGGGACACCAUCAGCCACCCUCGCCCCAUCAGUCCUCAACCAAGUCAUCUUCUUGACUGCUCAUCAAGGCCCACGCCCAGCAGCACCUGGCAGCGCUCUCCGUCUUCUCUGUUAUCACUCAUCAGUAUCACAUUCAAGAUUGUUCCGGGCCAGAUUCUGAGCAGCCUGCAUUCCUCUGAAGCACGAACCUCGUCAAUUCCGCACUGGCCCCGUUCAACCCUUGGCGACGCGUGCGACAUCUGCAGCAACAGGUCAAGCCGCAAGUUGCGGAGCAGCUUCGUCAUCAACGCUUGGUCUUGGGAAACCCUUGAAAUUUGAAGGGGGACUGGACCCUUCCAAGCGUCUCAUCACAGUCUGAACAGUUCCGCCCCACCCCUGCAGCGACUGAGGGGAAGCGUCUCAUUUGGAUCCGACGCUCCAAACGUCAAUCGCCCCUGUGCACCUUCAUUGCUUGAAGUCUCGACUAUUGGAGGUGAGUCUCACUUGGAGCGGAUUUCGUCAUGGCAGCCUGCUGCUUGGCCCCUGCAGUGUAGUCGACGAAAAUUGGCACACCCAACUGAAAGAGGAGGUGGGGGGCUUUUCGCAUGCGUCCAUCCACUCCCUCGAGCCGCAAUUAUUGACAAGAUCUCUGGCGCGUGACCUGCCUUCGAUACCUGUCAUCGUGAGGAAGCUGGAUUUGAGGUCGCUAUCGACUUUACGACCUACUAAGAGGCGUGGUUUGACUAGCUGGGCAGAAGCUCGUCUCAGGAGGUAGAGGAGGCGCGCGACUUCGACCAUCUUCCUCGCUGUGGAUCUUUUGGCAAUCCGUUGUACAGAAAAGGAAACCGACAUGUUCUGACGUCCUGCUCCUUGUACAUUCCCAUAGUAUCCACCCUUCUCGCAGCCUCCAGCAUCAAGCGACGUCUCGGCCCUAGCAAGAAGCGGCAGCUUGGCUCUCACCAGGUGGAACUGUCCGUGGCCAUCGAGGUAAGUCUGAUGAGAAUCGCGAAGAGCAAACACUUGGCGCCCGAUUUCCUCCAUGCUAGGCUGGUUCGUGGAGCGCUGCGGUUGUUCCCUAUCCGCGAGAUUCACAGCGAAUCCACAUGCGAGCAAUCGCUCUGUCUGGCUCCGCAGAGAGACGAGAAGCAUUCCUGCGAUGUGUCACGGCCCCCACACGGCGGCUAAAGUCACAGAGGCUGCAGUCAUUGGCGUCAGAACAAGAUGGUCGACGCCCAUACUUGACAGCUUCCCUAUUGUUGAAUUAGGAGGCAUCGCUGCAUGGCGCCGAGAGCAGUAAAGUAGCCAAGAUGACCCAGGCUCUUGUCUCGGCUGGGAUUUGCGACUGGGUGCGCAGCGGCAUCAGCUGGAACAUCGCGCGUAGUCGUGACUUUCCUAUAGCAGGCACCGCCACACCUGUGUCUCCGAGACAUUUCAUAUUUGCGGGCAUGCGCGUCAGCAAGGAGGAUAUAAGACAACUUCGAGUCACAUUGGAAGGCAUCUCUGAUGCAUGGCAUCUGGACUACGAAUGUGUAGCAAGCGCAACGCGAAGCCGAGGGGUCAACAAGUCCCGCUUGUACAUCCGCGCGCGCCGCUAAUCCAAGCGGCUUGCCUGCUUGAAUGAAUGGCUGAUGUAGGACGCUCAAGAUGUGGCUGAGAUGCGCAUGCUUGGUGGGCGCGCGUCGGCGGUGCAGAGAUCGCUCAGCAUGCAUGCAUGCGCGUUCGCCGCCGCUAUAUACUCUUUUGCUUGAUGCAGACACUGGUCUCCCGCAGCAUGGCAGCAAGUGGGCCUCUGCAUGCAGCAGCGACGAAAGCGGAGCCGCAUGCAGGCUUGGUGUGGAGUUCCCACGGACGCAACGCGCAAAUCGCUAGUCAGUGAGUGGCUCGGUCAGCUAAAGGGAAAAGGGUUCACUGGUGUGCGUAUGGCAUCGCUUCGCUGCUUUCGUCCUACGAAACAUGGGCAUGCUGGUGCACACCGUGAAUGCAUCCUUGGAGCUGUAGCCACCGCCACGCGUAGCAUGAUCCCUACCGGUUCGCGCGGUUCACUAUUCGUGGAUCACGCGUCGCAGCAAUGAAGUCGCGCAUGGCUGCAUGACUGGCGAAGUGCCUGUGCUUGCCAGAUGCGUCGUCGCGAGCAGAAGUUGAAAGUCGUUGCAACUGCCAAGCAGCAUAUACUUCCCGGCGGCGUCAAACCGCAUGACACUGCUCUGAUCUCAGGAUCAUCUUUGUGCGGCAUGUCUCAAGCCUACAGGUGCUAUUGAAACAGUCUCCUGUUCAACGAUGAGAGGCUGCUUGCGCGAUCGAGCUUCAGGACGCUGCGUGGGCCCGAUCUUCUGUCCGCGGCGGCCGCUUGUGGAAUGGAUCGGCGAUGGGCGACCGCUUUCACCGCACUGCAUCAUGUGCAGGUUGCUGGAGCCUGCUUCACCGGCCGCCGACAAGCCCUCUCCCCCUUCGCUGGCCAGAAAGUCGUCCGAGCUCAGGCCGUCACCGGCGCUUCUAGGCAAAGACGGCAUCAAGUCCACCUAGAUGAGGCCCGUGGGAUGUUUCAUUUGCAAAUUUAGCAGCCGCCGCCGCGAUGCGGUCGCAGAUCCAUCCACGAUUCGGCAGCUUGCUUGCUUGCUGCGCCGUUUCGUUCACAACGCUUGCUCGUACAUUUGUGCAGCCUGGGCAGCCACCCCUGGGCAGCCUAUUGAGCAACCAGCGAAGCUGAAGGCUUGCCUCGCCUAAGAUGCCUUCAAAAGCUUGUGCUCCACUGUGCCGCAACCCUUUCCACUCGCUACCAUCCCCGAUGGCACAUUCCAUCCACCUAGCAUAUCAGAAUUUCCGACCUAACCACUAACACCUCAUUUUCGCUGCUCCCUCGUGCCAUCCACAUAGUCCUGCUAG